UGAACUCUCCUCAAAUUUAGUGUUCACAUUUCCUCCCUUUGAAAUAUGCAACCACCCCAUCUUCUUCUCUCUACUUCAUCAUAACAUCAUCACCCCAAUCUCUCCCUCAACCUUUGCUUAGCUUCAAGAAACUAGUAUCUCAGAGAGAGAUCUUCCUCUAAUGCCUCACAACCCUCCCAAGUCUUCUGUCUUGCUCCACCGCGUCAACACGGCCCCCAACAACAACACCUCCUCACCGCACCAGAACAACCAGAAGAACAUGAUGAUCAAGAAGCAGCGCGCUGCCCCGAUCCCAGAAGCCGUGGCGCGUUACCACACUCACGGCGUUGGCCCCAACAAGUGCUGCUCCGCCGUGACGCAGGAGAUCGCUGCUCCCGUCUCCACUGUCUGGUCUGUGGUCCGGCGCUUCGACAACCCCCAGGCCUACAAGCACUUCGUCAAAAGCUGCCACGUUAUCGUCGGGGAUGGCGACGUCGGCACCCUCCGUGAGGUCCAGGUCAUCUCGGGGCUUCCGGCUAACAGCAGCACGGAGAGGCUUGACGUGCUGGACGACGAGAGCCACGUCAUCAGCUUCAGCAUGGUGGGCGGGGACCACAGGCUGUCGAACUACAAGUCGGUGACGACGCUUCACCCGUCGCCCUCGGGCAGCGGCACGGUGGUCGUGGAGUCUUACGUGGUGGACGUGCCGCCGGGAAAUACUAAAGACGACACGUGUAACUUCGUGGACACCAUCGUCCGGUGCAACCUGCAGUCGCUGGCUCAGAUCGCCGAGAAUCUAGCGAGACAUAACAACAAGUCGUCUUUGGCGUGCCCCAAGUAGCAAGAGUUAUGGGCUUGUGGUGAUGUUCUGGGCUACAUAAUCGUCUGUUAAUUAGGUUCCUUCGAACAUGCAUCACUGUCUGAGAGUUUGUCUGAUCGAGUCGUCCGGUCUGUGUUUGCCGUUGGAGGGUACGGCGUCGUUUUGUAUCCGAUGAAACAGUCACAGGCUCACAGCGAGUCUUGUUAUGUAAUAUAGUAGUAGUGUCUUAUACUCUUAUUAUAUAUUCCAUCUUCUUUGUCGAUAAUCUUAUGAAAUUGUGCUGUUA